AUGGAAUUGGCUUGGGAACCGGAAGUACCGGCGGUAGCGGUGGCCAUCCGACUGCUCGCUUCCAUGCUGCAAUUGAAGACCGACAAUCGGAAAUUGGUGCUCAAUUUGUCCACAAUCAACAGCACACUCCCAUCCAAACUCCAGAGAUGA